CUCACUCCUACCGAAUUAAUUAAGAAAAUUCAAUCCUCUCCAUAUUCUUCUACUUCUAGUAACAUUUUGGCUUCCCAUCGUCGUCGUCCACCUCCUCCCCAUUCCUCUUUCUCACCCCUACACAUUCUUCACUCCAACAUCAAAAUUAUUCACACAUUUGCUACAUCAACAUCCGCUCACUUACUCAGCUUCUCUCUCUAUAUAUAUACAUAUAUAUACACACACACAUACACCCAUACAAAAUAUAUAUGUUUAGAAGACGAAGAAGAAGAUGUCAGCUUCGCAAACCCUAGGCGGCCCCUCCCGCUGUGGUUCCGUUUUGGGGCCAUCGCUCGACAAGAUCAUCAAGAACGUUGCCUGGAGAAAGCAUUCCCAGCUCGUCGCCGCCUGCAAAUCUGCACUCGACAAGCUCCAAACCCUCUCCGAUUCCUCCCCCGACGAUCCCUCCUCCCCUUUGUACGCUGUGUCUCUAUCUGAUGCCGAAUUCUUCCUUCAACCCCUCCUUCUCGCCCUCAAUUCUGGAUCUGCCAAGGUCAUUGAGCCUGCCCUCGACUGCCUCUUCAGAUUGUUCUCCUCCGCCCUCAUCCGCUGUGAAAUCGAUCGUGCCGAUAACUCCCUCCUCUUCCGCCUUGUGGAAGCUGCCUGCAAGUGUUCCAGUCUGGGCGAAGACAACCUCGAGCUUGCUGUACUCAAACUCUUACUUUCUGCUGUUAGAUCCCCGUUCGUGUUGAUCAGGGGUGAUUACUUGGUACACAUUGUUAGGACUUGUUACAAUGUCUAUCUUGGUGGCUUGAAUGGAACCAAUCAGAUCUGCGCAAAGGCAGUUCUUGCUCAGAUGAUGAUUAUUGUUUUUACCAGGGUUGAGGAGGACUCCAUGAUGGUUAAAUUUAACAAGGUUUCUGUUUCAGAUUUGUUGGAGUUUGCCGAUAGGAACUUGAAUGAAGGGAGCUCCAUACAAUUUGUACAGAACAUUAUUAAUGAGGUUGUGGAAGUAAAUGAAUCAGUUUUGGAUUCAAAACCAACUCUAGUGUUGCAAAAUGGGAAUGGGAAUCUUCCGGGGGCAAACAUACAUCGAAAAGCUGAAUUGGGCGAUGGGGAGUCGAGCGAUGGUGCCAGCUCCACUUCUAGUGCUGGCAGUAAGAUUAGGGAAGAUGGGUUUAUGCUUUUCAAAAAUUUGUGUAAAUUAUCAAUGAAAUUCUCAUCACAGGAGCAUUCCGAGGAUCAUAUCCUUCUCAGGGGAAAGAUAUUGUCUUUGGAGCUGCUAAAGGUAAUCAUGGACAAUGGGGGUCCGAUUUGGCGCACUAAUGAGAGGUUUCUCAAUUCUAUUAAGCAGUAUCUUUGCUUAUCAUUGUUAAAGAACAGUGCAGUGUCAGUUAUGACUAUAUUUCAACUUCUCUGUUCAAUAUUUAAAAGGCUGCUAUCAAAAUUCAGAUCAGGUUUGAAAUCAGAAAUUGGAAUUUUCUUUCCUGUCCUCAUCCUUCGGGUGCUUGAGAAUGUGCUUCAGCCUAGUUUCUUACAGAAGAUGACUGUCCUCAAUGUACUAGAGAUGAUCUGCCAGGAUUCGCAGAUUAUCAUUGAUAUUUUUGUCAACUAUGACUGUGAUGUGGAUGCUCCAAACAUCUUUGAAAGGACUGUCAAUGGCCUUCUGAAAACUGCUCAAGGUCCACCUUCUGGUUCCACUACCACUUUGUCUCCAGCCCAGGAUAUUACAUUUCGGAAUGAAUCGGUAAAAUGCUUGGUUAGAAUCAUCAAGUCAAUGGGAGCUUGGAUGGACCAACAACUGAGAAUAGGGGACUUUUAUCCGCCAAAGAACUCUGACAAUGACAAUUCGAUUGAUAAUCAUACAACCCUGAAAGUUGAAGAAGGAAUUGUCCCUGAUAGUGAGCUGCAUCCAGAAGCAAAUUCUGAGUUCUCAGAUGCUGCUACUCUUGAGCAACGUCGAGCUUAUAAAUUAGAGCUUCAGAAAGGUGUUUCUCUGUUCAAUAGAAAACCUUCCAAGGGUAUUGAGUUUUUAAUAAGCACAAAAAAAAUUGGUGAUUCUCCGGAGGCCGUGGCUUCAUUUCUGAGGAACACUACAGGGCUAAACGAAACUAUGCUUGGUGACUAUUUGGGUGAAAGGGAAGAUUUCUCUUUAAAAGUUAUGCAUGCUUACGUGGAUUCCUUUAACUUUGAAGCAAUGGACUUCGGCGAAGCAAUUAGAUUUUUCCUAAGGGGCUUCAGGUUACCUGGGGAGGCACAGAAGAUUGACCGCAUCAUGGAAAAAUUUGCUGAGCGCUAUUGUAAAUGCAAUCCAAAUUCAUUUUCUACGGCAGAUACUGCUUAUGUUCUUGCUUAUUCUGUGAUAAUGCUUAACACUGAUGCUCAUAAUAACAUGGUAAAAGAGAAGAUGAGCAAGGCUGAUUUCAUCCGGAAUAAUCGAGGGAUCAAUGAUGGCAAGGAUUUACCUGAAGAGUUUUUGGGUGUCCUUUAUGAUCAAAUUGUUAAAAAUGAGAUCAGGCUGAAUGCUGAAUCUUCCGCACCAUAUAGCAGGCAGGCGAACGGUCUUAAUAAACUAUUGGGCUUGGACAAUAUACUCAAUCUUGUUUGGAAGCAGACAGAAGAAAAACCGUGGGGUGCAAAUGGGGUUCUUAUAGGGCAUAUUCAGGAGCAGUUUAAAGCAAAAUUGGGAAAAUCAGAGUCUGCUUAUCAUACCAUUGCAGAUGCAAUGAUAUUGAGAUUUAUGAUGGAGGUCUGUUGGGGUCCAAUGCUUGCUGCAUUCAGUGUAACUCUGGACCAGAGUGAUGACAAGGCAGCUACUUCUCAAUGCCUACAGGGCUUCCGACAUGCUGUGCAUGUUACUGCAGUAAUGGGUAUGCAAACCCAGAGGGAUGCCUUUGUUACCACUGUAGCUAAGUUUACUAACCUCCAUUGUGCUGCAGAUAUGAAGCAAAAAAAUGUUGAUGUCGUCAAGGCAAUGAUAUCGAUUGCCAUUGAAGAUGGAAAUUAUCUUCAGGAAGCCUGGGAGCAUAUUUUAACAUGUCUCUCUCGAUUUGAGCACCUUCAACUGUUGGGAGAGGGUGCUCCUUCUGAUGCGUCCUUUCUCACUGUAUCUAACAGUGAAGCUGAAGAAAAAACAUUGAAGUCCGCUGGUUUUCCAUCUUUAAAGAAAAAAGGAACUCUUCAGAAUCCAGCUGUGGUGGCUGUUGUUCGAGGGGGAUCAUAUGACAGCACUAAUCUUCGAGUCAAUAACUCCGGGCUGGUAACGCCAGAGCAGAUUAAUAACUUCAUUUCAAACUUGAAUCUGCUUGACCAGGUUGGAAACUUUGAGUUGAACCACAUAUUUGCUCAUAGCCAAAGGUUAAAUAGUGAGGCAAUAGUAGCUUUUGUGAAGGCACUUUGCAAAGUUUCUAUGUCAGAAUUGCAGUCUCCAACAGACCCUCGUGUAUUCAGCCUCACAAAAUUGGUCGAAGUUGCGCAUUACAAUAUGAACCGCAUCAGAUUGGUGUGGUCUCGUAUAUGGAGUGUUCUUUCAGAUUUCUUUGUGUCAGUUGGCUUGUCAGAAAAUCUCUCAGUUGCUAUUUUUGUCAUGGAUUCUUUACGGCAGCUUGCUAUGAAAUUUUUAGAGCGAGAAGAGCUGGCAAACUACAAUUUCCAAAAUGAAUUCUUGAAACCAUUUGUGAUCGUCAUGCAGAAAAGCAGCUCUUCUGAAAUCAGGGAGUUAAUAGUAAGGUGUAUUUCACAGAUGGUCCUCAGCCGUGUCAAUAAUGUAAAAUCUGGCUGGAAAAGUGUUUUUAUGGUGUUUACAGCUGCAGCAGCUGAUGAAAGGAAGAAUGUUGUCUUGUUGGCUUUCGAAACAAUGGAAAAAAUAGUACGAGAAUAUUUUCCUUACAUAACUGAGAAGGAGAUAGUGACCUUUACUGAUUGUGUCAAAUGCCUCAUCACUUUCACAAAUAGUAAAUUUAAUAGUGAUGUUAGCCUCAAUGCCAUUGCUUUUCUCCGGUUCUGCGCCGUCAAACUGGCAGAUGGGGGUCUGGUUUGCAACAAUAAGAGCAAGGUUGAGGCUUCAUCCGUUGAAGAAGCAAACAAUGAUGCUUUAGAUGGACAAACUUUUGCUGAUAAGAGUGAUCACGUUUCCUUUUGGGUUCCUUUGCUCACAGGGUUAUCAAAACUAACGUCGGACCCUAGGUCAGCCAUCAGAAAAAGUGCUUUGGAAGUGCUUUUCAACAUCUUAAAGGAUCAUGGUCAUCUUUUUUCAUGCCCAUUUUGGAUCAGUGUUUUCAAUUCUGUAGUUUUUCCCAUAUUCAAUUGUGUGCCCGACGACAAAGAAACACAAAUGAAUGAUGGACAGUCUUCAACAGUUUUCGGAUCUUCUCAUUCUGAGGGAAUUACAUGGGAUCCUGAAACUUCUACAGUGGCAGCUCAAUGUCUAGUAGACCUAUUUGUCUUUUUCUUUGCUGUGGUGAGGUCUCAACUACCUCAAGUAGUUUCAAUACUGAUAGGUUUCAUAAAAAGUCCUGGUCAAGGUCCUGGAAGCACUGGGGUAGCUGCGUUGAUGCGUUUGGUUGGUGACUUAGGAGACAGACUUUCAGAAGAUGAAUGGGGAGAUGUCUUUGUUGGCUUGAAAGAAGCAGCUGCUUCUGCUCUUCCAAGGUUUUUAAAGCUUGUAAAGACCAUGGAUAGCAUCGAUGUUUUUGAUUCUUACAAUGAUCUGGAAACAGUUUCCCGCCCUGGAUUGAUCAAUAAUGAUUCUGAGGAAGAAAACCUGCAAACUGCAGCAUAUGUUGUUUCAAGAAUGAAGAGUUAUAUAGCUUCGCAACUGCUCAUUGCCCAGGUUAUAACUGAUCUGUACAAGAUGCACCGACAAUCAUUGUCAGCAGGCAAUGUCAUGAUGCUGCUCGAAAUUUUUUCAUCUAUUGCGUCUCAUGCACAUCUAUUGAACUCUGAAACAGCUCUUCAACUGAAACUGCAGAGAGCAUGCUCCAUCCUGGAGAUCUCUGAACCGCCCCUGGUUCAUUUUGAAAAUGAGUCGUACCAGAAUUACAUCAACUUUCUGCAUGAUUUACUCAUGAAUAAUCCUUGUUUGUCUGAGGAGAUAAACAUAGAACCACAACUUGUGUCUGUAUGUGAAAAGGUUUUGCAGAUAUACCUGGACUGUGCUGGUUUAUGCUCCGUCAAGCAGAAGCCAGUUAAUAAGCCAGUGCUUCACUGGAUUAUUCCAUUGGGUUCGGCAAAGAAGGAAGAGUUGGCAGCCAGAACUUCUGUGGUUGUGUCAGCAUUACGGAUUUUGAGUGGUUUGGGAAGUGAUUCUUUUAGGAGGUAUAUUUCACAAUUGUUCCCCUUGUUGGUAGAUCUCGUUCGGAGUGAGCAUAGUUCAAGAGAAGUUCAGCAUGUUCUUUCCCAUAUGUAUCAGUCAUGUAUAGGCUCAAUAAUAAUGGACUUGUGAAUUAUAUUGUAGUAUUGGAGUAUAGUGAGUCAUUAUUAAUAUGUCAUUGCUAUAACCUUGAUAAUUAUCUAUAGCAUUUUUGGUAGCAUACAAGGGGUUGUAGUUUUGUUUACGAAUGUACAAGUACUUGUUUUUUAUUUUAUAUAAAUACAAAUGUACAAUCAAUUGUUGAUAACCUA